UGGCGACCACAGUAAAUGUGUAUAUAAGGAAAGGAGAGAGAGAGAGUGAGUGUGUGUGUGUGUGUGUGUGUGUGUGUGUGUGUGCGCGCAGGAGUGUUAGGGAGGUGUGUCUUAUGCACUUGGCUCCCAGGGUCGGUGAGCACCAGCCCAGCGCACACAGACCCCCACAGAACCACUCCACUGCUGCACGCAGGGGUUAAUUGGAGCUUGUUAAAGUGGACUAAACAAUCAGGUCCAUUGCUGCCAUCUCUAUAUUCUCCUGAUCUGCCAGUCCAUCUUUUCUUCUCCAUCGUCUUAGUCCCCUCAUGGGCGCCAUAUCAGCCAGUGUUAGAAAACAUUCAUCAGAGCCAAUCCCAGCAUCUCACCCUUGACCAUGGAGAUGAAACAGGCAGUGAUGAUGAACCAAGAGGACCAAGACGAGAAGGGCAAAUCUGAAGAAAAUGGCAGGCUGGUGGAUGGCAGCAUUGCUGAGAAAGGGCAGAAACUAGUCACGGGGCCCACACAGGUUUCAAAUGGGUACCCCAGCACAUCGGCUCAGAGCCCAAGGGAAGGCACCGGGGCUUUAGCGGACAAGACAAGUGCUCCUGGGGCAUUCAGGACGCUUGUGGUCCAGCAGACCAGUCUGGAUCCACCAAGAGAGACAUGGAGCAAGAAGGUGGAUUUCCUCCUGUCAGUCAUUGGCUACGCAGUGGACCUGGGCAACGUGUGGCGCUUCCCAUACAUCUGCUACCAGAAUGGAGGAGGAGCGUUCCUGUUGCCCUACCUGCUGAUGGCGGUGUUUGGCGGGGUUCCUCUGUUCUACAUGGAGCUGGCGCUUGGGCAGUUCCAUCGCAGUGGCUGCAUAUCCAUCUGGAAACACAUUUGCCCCAUCUUCAAGGGUAUUGGCUUUGCCAUCUGCAUUAUUGCCCUGUACAUUGCCUUCUACUACAACACCAUCAUGGCCUGGGCUCUGUAUUACCUGUUGUCCUCCUUCAGCACAACGCUUCCAUGGACGACAUGCAAAAACUCCUGGAACACAGCCAACUGCAAGCAGUAUCUGUCCACUGACAGCAACGUCACCUGGACCAAUGAAUCCACCUCGCCUGCCGAGGAGUUCUAUACACGGAAGGUGUUGCAGGUGCACCUGUCCCCAGGUCUUCAUCAACUGGGUGCGGUGAGCUGGCAGCUGGCCCUCUGUCUGCUCUUCAUCUUCACCAUCGUCUAUUUCAGCAUCUGGAAGGGGGUUAAGACUUCCGGCAAGGUAGUAUGGGUGACAGCGACCCUGCCAUAUGUGGUUCUGUUGAUCUUACUGGUGCGAGGCGCCACUCUGCCCGGCGCAUGGAGAGGCGUUGUCUUCUACCUGAAGCCUAACUGGGAGAAGCUCUUGAGCACUACGGUUUGGAUUGAUGCAGCAGCCCAGAUCUUCUUUUCUCUUGGUCCAGGUUUUGGUGUGCUCCUGGCCUUUGCCAGCUACAAUCCCUUUCACAACAACUGUUACAAAGAUGCGUUGGUGACCAGCUCAGUGAACUGUCUAACCAGCUUCAUGUCAGGCUUUGUGAUCUUCACCGUACUGGGAUACAUGGCUGAGAUGCGGAAGGAAGGGGUGGAGACAGUAGCAAAGGAUGCUGGUCCCAGUCUACUUUUCAUCGUCUACGCGGAGGCCAUCACCAACAUGCCUGCUAGCACUUUCCUUGCUAUUAUCUUCUUCCUCAUGAUCAUCAUGCUGGGAUUAGAUAGCACGUUUGCUGGGUUGGAAGGAGUGAUCACCGCCAUGUUGGACGAGUUUCCCCACCUGUUGGCCCGCAGGAGAGAGUGGUUUGUGCUAGGUCUGGUGUGUGUCUGCUACCUGGGAGCUCUGUCCACACUUACCUAUGGAGGGGCGUUUGUGGUGAAACUGUUUGAAGAAUACGCAACAGGCCCUGCUGUCAUCACUGUAGUCUUCCUUGAAGUCAUUGCUGUUUCCUGGUUUUAUGGGACGACACGUUUCUGCAAUGACGUGCACCUGAUGCUUGGCUUCUCCCCCGGACUGUUCUGGAGGGUGUGUUGGGUGGCCAUCUGCCCCUGCUUCCUACUGUUCAUCAUCGGAAGUUUCCUGGCCUUUCCUCCUGAGGUGAGGCUGUUUAACUACCUGUACCCAUUCUGGACCACUGUACUGGGCUACUGCAUCGGUGUCUCCUCUUUCAUCUGUGUGCCUUCCUACAUGGUCUACCACCUGCUCACCACCAAAGGGACCUUCAAACAGCGUCUGAUGAAGAGCAUCACCCCUGAGCCUGCAAACAUUGAAGGCCUGCACAGAGAUAUCAUCAUCACCAACGCGGUGUGAUUGGAGACCCUUCGCCCUCUGCUGGACAUGUAGCACAAGUGGGGAUUCCAGCCCUCCUUCAUAUCCCAGAUCUGCCAAAGGCAUCUCCAUCCAGAACAUGCGAUGGCUGGACUCUUGCAUCCAGCAACCUAGCUGCUCUAUUUCCCAUCAUUACUAAAUGUGGCAGCGUUCAAUGUACACGUGAGAUAGCAUCUGCCAUAAAGAUAUAUCUAUUGGGUAUUCGAGUCAGGAGUCUAGUAGCACAAAUGUCUUUUUGGUUUUUCUCACCAUUUUGCGAUUUGUUAUAUUGUUUCAAACAAAUGUACUAGAAGUACUAAAGAAAUCACUAAUGGGCAGUGUACAUAGUAUACGCAUGUCUCACUCUAUUUAGCACUUUCAGAUCAAGUAUGACAUCUGAACGCAUAGAUCUCCCACCAAAUAACAGUUUUGUUUUAUAUGCAUUUGACAUUUCAGGUAGCUUUUACACACACACACACACUCACACACACACACACACACACACAUAUAUAUAUAUAUAUAUAUAUAUAUAUAUAUAUAUAUAUAUAUAUAUAUAUAUAUAUAUAUAUAUAUAUAUAUAUAUAUAUAAUCUUUAUGAAGCCAAAUAUAAUUGGAUAUGACUUUUAUUCCUGUUAAAUUUACUUCACAGCUCCUUAUGGUUUGGGGGUUUGAACUCCUCAGAGAGAGAUAAAGCAAGGUUUGUUUUGUUACACAUGUAUGUAUGUGUGAGUGUUUGGGUGUAGGUGUGCAAAUAUCUAUUCAUCACACUUCUUUGGAAUCAUCAUUGUGAAGAGUGUCACCGCUCACAGAUGUCAAGUUUAUCAAAACCACAAAAUACACAUAAUGUGACUACAGCAUCCUACACGUAACAUCGACUUACUUUAGUUUGUGUAAUUGCAGUGACGUAAUGCAUCUUUCUCUGCCUCCCUCAUGAACCUGGAAACCAACUGCCAACACAGUGACUCUUUCUUUUCCAUGUUACAUGUGAAUGACAAGGUAGCAGAAACCAAAUACUAGUGUGCUUGUUACAAAUGGUUCAACUUUAACCCUAAAGACCUGGUUUUCUUGGGGGGAAAAACUAGUAAUAACUGAAAGUACAAGUAUGUACCUGUCUGUUUUGUGAGUGUUGCUAUUUGUGUUUUGGUCAUGUGACAACCUGUCAACCUCUUUGAGAGGACAUAUACGGGUGUGAUGUUCGUUAGUUUUCAAAGUGUGUGAGCUUUAAGUAAAUGUAGAAAAGCCAAAAGCCAUGGUUCGAUCUGUUAGUGUGUGCGCACGCAUGCAUGCAGACAUGAAUGUAUUCUAUGUAUUUAGUGUGUGCCUCAAAAUAGUGAUGCCUCUUCCUCCUCCCUAUCUUGUUCAUGUCUUUACAAUUUACUCUCUAGCAAAGUAAAAAAUCUCCUGUACUUUAUCGAUGUAUGUCUACAUGACUGUUAUAUGAAUACAUAUAGAAUAAAGAAAUAUAUGAAUUAUAUAUGAAUUAUUAGAGAAAUAAAGUAUAUGUAUUAAUAA